GGUUCAUAACCAGCCCAAUACUAGAGAGAGAGAGAGUCGACCGUGAGGAGAGAGAGAGAGAGAGAGAGAGAGAAUCGACAUCUUGCAUUUUCCUUAUUAGAUUAUAAUUUUUACUCUUUCCAUAUUUGUAUUUCCUUUCUUUAGUCUUUCCAUUAUUAUAUGACGGUGUAAUUUCCUAUAUAGAAGGGGCUCCUUAUGUUUAUGAAUAAUACAAAAACAUACAUAUUCUAUUCUCUAGUUUCACAACAUAACCCUGCCAAAUAUUUUUAAUUCAUUUAGUUAUUUGUAGUAUGCCAUUCCAACUGUCUUCGUCUUUACUAAACCAAAAAGAAAAAGAAAAUAAAAUAAUAUUUUUUUUUGUGUCGAGCCACAAUUAACAUGAGAUCGUAUCAAAGAAGAAGAGGAAGAAUCGCGGAAUCGUAACAUAAGAUUGGGUCUUUAAUCAUGAGUGAGCAAGAGAAUCACAAUGGCAGCCUGAUCUCUACCUCCGCCGCAUCAGAGACCAAGGCUCCUCACUCCUCUGACUAUGCUCCUUACCCUAGGUUCAAUCCUAACGACAUUACUCCUCCUAUGCAUGCUCCCAUCUCCGGCGCUACCGCCACCAUAUGCUGCCUGAGUUCUAGCCUUACGAUUCUUCUUCCCCUGCCCCCAAGAGUGAGUUAGUUGACAUUCUUAUCACUGAAGUGUAGAAAUGGUAAUGAUUUGAGAGGUUUGAGCUGAUGAGUUUCAAGAAUGAGAGUUACCUAUUUAUAAAUGAAGAUUGACAAAAUAAAAUUAUGGGAGAUGCUUUUAAUUAAAAAUUGUGUGAGGAGUGCGGAAUCUUUCUUAAUGAGCACAUUGAAGUGCUUUUUUCAAUUCAUCCGUCUCUUCUGUAACGUUUCCAGGUUUCAUUCGCUGGUAAGACAAAAUCUCUAAGAAGACACCGGAGCUGGAUUUCAAGAGGAUGUGGUCUGGUAACUGUUGGUCAACGAAGCAUCUACUGAGCUUCAACGGCGGUAGGAUGAAUACGGUAACCAACUCGAUGGUGACAACGAUGACGGAGUCUCCAAAUGAAUUCAUAACCACAUAUGUAAAAUGGCCCAGCCCAGCGUACUGUUUCAUUUAAGGCCCAUUCAAAACCAUUCUAUUUUCUAAACCAUCACGAUAUUUAGUUCAGAAGUUGCAGUCCACAUUAAAAAUCUACACGGAAGAGUCGCUUGCAAAGUUAAAGAGAGAGUACACGUGUCUUUUUCCCCAAGGAGAGAAAAAAUCAACUUUAUUAUAUAAGAUUUGGAGUGCUAUGUCUGAGUCCAUGGACUUCGAGUUUGGCAUCCCAUACUUUACUGAGCGACUCCCCUGAUACUCACCAAAAUGACGAUGUGUCUCUCUCAGCUCAAAAGAAGUCCAAUAUCGAGAAAGAAAUCCAUUUGCCAUCUCUGUAGGGCCCAUUAAGAGAUCAAGACCCACGGAGCUGAUUGAGAAUAUUGCUUGCUUUGUCCAGAACCAAGAACGUGAAGGAGAUUUACUUGGCCAAACCACCAUUACCUCAACUACCGUCAUUUAAUCAGCUGUCUCCUAUAACAGCUAGUUUAAUUAAGUCUUUGUCUGAUUUAUAUUCCCUAUGUUGUUCAUGAAGCUUACCUAAUGAUUUAUUAUUAUUUUUUUCCCUUUUCUACAUAACCUGGUCGAAACUCUUGUCUGAAUUAAUGAUCAUUUUUUAUCAAAAAACUCAUUUCUUCUUUGGUGAUUUAUUUGUUCUCUGAACAACUUAAUUGUGAAGUGUGUGAACCCAAAACCAUCAACAAACUCUCAAGCUGACUAAUGUGUCAAACCCAGAGUGAGAGAGGAGUGUAUGAGGUCUUUUCCACAAACCUCAUAUCAAUCCAUCAAAUCCCUUCAUACCAUCCUUAUAUCAACCCUAAUUCGUCCAUCAAACCAAUAUCCAUCAAAACCCCACCUUUCAAUCUGUUAUAGAGUAGAUUCAACCAAAAUUAGAGUGAAAAUCCUUGGGAAAAAGUCAUUAGGAUGGCAUGUCAAGUUAUGUUGCUUCACUCAUGGAGCCAACAUACCAGUUACAGUAAAGAUACUCUUAAAUUUAUCCUGGCCGAUAAAACUGUACUUAAAGUAACGCUUUAUAAUUUUUUCAUUACCAAAGUUUAUUUGAUUCAUUUUUUCAAAUUUCGUUUGUAUGGUGUAAAAAUAAACCGUUCUUGCAAGAACAUAUACUACUGAUGGUAUAAAAACAAAAUUUCUACGUAAGUGAAAACAAAAAUCUGCGCGGCUGUGAAGAUCAAAAUCUAGUUUCAUAUUAUUAUAGUUAAGUAAAUAUAACAAAUGAUAGUUGAAACUUUUACAAACAAAAAAAAUACAAACACACCUAAGUGAGAUUUGAAAUUAAAUUCAAACUUAACUUUGCCAAAGAUAUGCGCUUCCGUUACAAAAUCAUUUGACCUAGAAUAAGAAGAUCAACUCAACUUUGACCAAAAAAAAGGAGAAAGAAAGAUAAACUCAACGAACAGAAAACAAAAACAAUCAAGAUAUAAAAAAACCAUCCACCUAUUUAACAAUAAUCUCAACAAUAAUCUCAAACCCUAAAAAAAGAAUAAAAAACAAAAUUCUUAUCUUUUCCUUUUUGAGUUCACUUCUAUAUAUAUAUAAACCUCGUGUUCCUUGUACCACAAUAAAUCCAACACAAGAAAACAAUAAACAACAAACAAUUUCAAAGAAAAUACUAUAGAAAUAAUGAAGCAGUCACUUCUUUCCAUCUUGAUACUUCUACUAUCAUCAUCAUUUGCACCCAUCCACGCCCGCAACAAACCACAGCCGGCAAAUUCUCCUUCACCCGUAGCUUCUCCAGCGCCAGGACCAUCAAAUUCUGAUUGCUCCAGCAUUAUAUAUGACAUGAUGGAUUGUCUCUCGUACCUUACCCCUGGAUCAAAUGAUACUAAGCCCACAAAAGUUUGUUGUCGGGGAAUUCUAUCUGUUCUACAAUAUAAUCCUAAGUGUAUUUGCGUUGGUUUAGAAAGUAGCAAAACUAUGGGGUUUGCAGUGAAUAACACUAGAGCUCGUGCCAUGCCUACGACUUGCAAGCUCCCCAUUGUUGCUCCUCAUUGCGCGAUCCUGGACGAGGCGACACCGGCUGCAUCUACUGCUGGUACGUCUCCGAUUUCUCCAUCGGCUGGAACAUCUAUGACUUCGCCAUCUUCGGUCGGGUCACCAACAUCUUCACCAUCUUUGGCUGAGUCGCCGGUCAUGUCUGCACCAUCUCCCUCGAGUUCUGGCACCAACCACCUCUCAGUUUCAACACUGACCCUCGUUUCUGUUAUAGUUUCUUCUGUCACGUAUAUUUCGUUUUCUUAAUUAAUUGCAAUUUCACUCGUUAUCAUAUAUAUUUCUACUGAGUUGGAAAUUUUAUGGUUGUCGUUUGAAGACAUAUGAUGUUCUUUUUAUUCGUGCAACAUUCGUAUAUAUGUACUUGGGAUUUGUGUCUUGUGUUCUCUCAAAAAUCAAAUUCGCUAGCUGCACA